CGCCAUCCCAUUGGCCAAAUGUUAUUUGUUUGGUCGAUAUUUCUAUCUCGAAACACUCUCGAAUCAGUAGUGCGGCGCGGUACGUAAGUGUGGUGUGUUUGUUUCCUUCUCGUGGAUUGAGCCAGCCAGAAAAUGACCCAAGAAGGCCAGUUACCUCCUCCACCUGUUAUGUGGGCUCAAAGGAGCAACGUUCUUUAUGUCACGAUUUGCUUGGAGGAUUGUAAAGACCCAACACUAAAGAUUGAAGCGGAAAAGAUAUAUUUUAAAGGUGUAGGAGGCACAGAACGUAAACUGCAUGAAGUUACUAUCAAUCUAUACAAAGAAAUUGAUCCAGAGAAGACAAUCCAGAGUUUAAAGGGCAGGAACUAUGAACUAGUACUCACCAAAAAAGAAGAUGGUCCAUAUUGGCCUCGUCUCACUAAGGAGAACAAGAAAUUCCAUUGGUUGAAGAGUGACUUUAACAAGUGGAAGGAUGAGGAUGACAGUGAUGAUGAAGGUGGCAUGGAAGGCAGUGGUCGAGACUUGGAGGAUAUGAUGCGUCAAAUGGGUGGUCUUGGUGGUGCUGGUGACAGCAAGCCAAAUUUCGACGACCUAGACGACAUUGGGGAGGAGGCUGAUGAUUCAGACAGUGACGACGAUGAGAUGCCUGAUCUGGAGUGAAAGGAAGUUCCAGCUCUAAUCAAUUUAACCCUCUCAGAAAAAAAUCGCGACCUAACACCGGCGGAUCGUCAUGCUACAUUACAAUUAGGCCAUAUUGUUUGAAUUUCCAAGUGCAAAUAAUUUUUGCAAGUUUGCAGUGGCCGACAUGAUAGCAAACAAAACAUGUUGAGGUGUGCGAAAGACUGAGAACUGAAAGGAAAAAAAAACAGCGAUCUAAAGAUUAGAAGUAAAGCAGUUUUUGAAGUUUCCUAAUAGCUCCCUCUAUCCCAUUAGUUUUUAGUUCGUACACUAAGUUAUAAUGGACAAGCUUUUUUAAUAACGAAUUAAACGUGUAAAAUAUUAAGGAGAGAUAAAGUGAUGAGAAAGUAAGGAAAGCGUCUAA